UUUUACGAAAAUAAAUAUGCUCGCUUCAUCCCUAAGGGGAAAACCCAAGGUCGAAAUUGAGGUGAUUGUUUACAUGUUGCGAAGGAGAAUGAAUCGUUGAGGAGGUUACAAACAUGGAUAGAAAACCAGGGCAUUUGACGAAAAAUCCACAAGAUGCAGUUAAUGCACUGAAUUGGGUAAAAGUAGUUGGUGUUGGCAGUGCCUGUGUAGGUAAAACCUGUCUUGUCAAGCAUUUCUGUGAAAGUAAGUUCAGUGCGGGAUAUCAACCUACAGUUGGAGUAGAUUAUGGUUUUAAAAUCCAGCAUUGUGAAGGCAUAGAUUUGAGAGUCCAUCUUUGGGAUCUAUCAGGCAGUACAGAAUAUAUUGAUGUAAGAAAUGAACUUUACAUCCAAGCAGAUGCUAUUUUUUUGGCAUUUGACGUCACAAACCAAGCAACAUUUGAUGCCCUUGACUCAUGGCUGAAGGAAAUUCAGCGGUACACAACUGGAACACCAGACCUCAUUGUUGUAGCUAAUAAGACCGAUUUAAAACAGAAACGAGUUAUCAGUACAAAUGAAUCAAAGAAAUGGGCCAAUCAAAACAGAAUCAAAUAUUUUGAGACAUCAGCAGCCACAGGGGAUGGGGUUGAUAGACUUUUCCAAGAUAUUUUAGUAACCAUUAUAGAAAGGAAAAAACUAUGGAAAAAAGCAAACCCAACGGGCUGAAAACUGUCAUAGUAACAAUUUAUUAAAUGCAAAAAGGCAACAGUUACUGUAAUGAAGUCAAUGACAAUCUAUGAAGUCUAAAGGUUAUAAAACUGUUCAGGCCAUCCUGAUUAAAAUGCUCAAAACUUGCCUCAUGGUUCCAUUUUUUAUUAUGAUAUUUCCAAUGCAUUAUUUGUUUAAAAGGAAAAUUUCUCCCUACUCAUUUUCAAUUCCUACAAUGAUUUUGUGUGGUCUAAAAUAGAUGCUUAUUUAAUUUUGUGGUGUCUAUAACUAUAAUCUGUUUUUCUUGAUUCAACUGUGUUUUGGAAAAAAUAUACGGUACUCUUGUCAUGUCAUUUUAUCAAUGUAUGCAUAAUAAAACAUAAAACAUUUUUUUUAUUGAUAAAGUUAAUAGAAUGAGUUAGUUUUGUGAGUUUUAACUUGAAUUUCCUUUCACUUUUUUAAACACUAAAAUUAAUGCAGUUUUCUAAAUCAUUUUAAAACUCUAGCAUUAUCAUGAUUAUUUAUUUCAUAAGUUUAACAACUCUUGCAUAGAAUAACAUUAUACUGCAAAUGCAGAAAUUAUUGCUGGCAUUUAUUAUUAUGCGUUUUUGUUUGUACUAUGGAAAAGGCAAGAUCAAUUAUUUCAAUUUCAGGCUAAGCUUCAUACUGAUAUAUGUAUAAGAUAUCAGAAGGCCAAUUCCUAUUAUUGCAAGACUAACCCAGCUGCAUUUUUUCACAAUAGUUUCUGAAUUUACAGAAUUUAGAUUUUUUGGUUAUUUAUAUAC